CUCUCCUCAUCCCUCACCCCUGUCUCUCCUCCCCUUUCUCUCUCUAAAAAAAUUACUACUACUACUACUCCGGCGGAUUCUUUUCCCUCCACAUGAGGGAAGGAAGGAGGUUUAUUAGUCACCGCAGCGCCAAGAGUGAUGGAGAGUUCGUCGUAUGCGCCACCCCGGCCGAUGGACGGGUCUCGGCCGUCCAUCGGGUUCCCUCUCGGGACGGCGCUCCUGUUGAUCGUGAUAUUCAGCUUGAGUGGGGUCUUCUCCUGCUGCUACCACUGGGAGAAGAUCAGAUCCCUCCGUCGAUCCAUGUCCGGGGACCCGGAUCUCGAGGCAGAUAGCCACGAUCCCCCCUCCAAACCCCAGUCCCCUUGCAUGAAUUCAUAUGGAAACAAAAGCCAAAGCUUGCCAGUUCUAAUGCCCGGGGAUCACAUACCGAAAUUCAUAGCAUUGCCAUGCCCGCGAGAGCCGCCGCGGCCGGAGAAAAUCAUUGUGGAGGUGCCGAGAACGCCGCCGAAGCCGCCGCGAAUAGCCGUGCCUUUGUACUAAGCAACUUGACAAUUCGAUUGUACAUAUAUGUUAUACUGUAUGUUAUAGUGUUUGCAAGUUUUAGUGAAUUCGGAAAAAAAGAUUAAAA